AACAAAGCACUCUAAAGGAAAUUGAAGAAUUAAAGCUAUCGGUUGCGAAACUAAAGUUGCCAAAAGAGCAUUCACCAAGAAUUUAAGGAAUGUCUAAAAUAAAAAAAUUUUUUUCUAAAAAAAAGGAAGAAGCUAAAUUUAGGUUAAAUGCCGGUGGUGGAUCUUUAGGGCAAGGGAGAAAAUUAAAUGCAGUGCAAGAGCCAUCAACAUCUCAAAAAAAAGUGAAAGACGCUUAUGUACCACCAAAGAGAAAAGAGCUUAGCUCUGAAGCUAAGGCUGCAGCAGCUGCUGCUUUGGCAAGAGUUGAGAAGAAAGAUAAAAAAGAGUUUAACACGUCCCUAGCAGCAAUAAGAGCACAAGUAAAACGCGAACUCGAGGAAGAAAAAAUAAGAAGUGGCGGGCAGCAAAAAGCUUCUGAUGAAUGUAAAAGGGGGGAAGAGAGGGAAAAUUGGGUUUGUAAAGGAGUAUUUUUCCGUUGCACUCUGGUAAGUGGUGAUAUUUUACCUCGAAAAGAAUGGAAGGCUAAAAUAAAGGAAUUUUUGUAUCAACAAUUAGAAAAUGAAACAGCACUAACAGCAUGUUUAAUCAUUCAAAAUUGUAACGCAAAAGAAAAAGCUGAACAAUGUGUGGAAACCCUCAGAAAAUAUAUUGAAAAUCUAAUAAAUCAUCCCGAUGAGGAAAAAUAUCAUAAAAUUAGAAUGAACAAUAAAAUAUUUUGUGAAAAAGUACGCUAUAUUGAAGGAGCAUUAGAGUUUUUAAGAGCAGCUGGUUUUCAAGAAAUUGAAAUAGAUAAUGAGCCUUUUCUUAUAUGGGCUAGUGAUAACAUGGAAAAAGAAAUUGAUUUGAAUACGUUGUUGGAAGGUCUUGAUAACGCAGAACCUUUGACCUUGGAAUUAGAUAGGAAUAUACAAGUACUUUUGCCUUCACAGGCAAGAAGAUCAGAAUUGCCAGCAGAUUUCUAUCGUAUAAGUGCAGAAGAAAUUAAAAGAGAACAGCAGCUUCGUACUGAAGCGUUAGAAAACGCUCAAAUACUAAAAACUAAAGCGAUGAGAGAAAGAGAGGAGCAAAGGUUUUACGCUAAAUAUCGUUUUGCUGUGAGUAGAAUUAAAUUUCCUGAUGGUUUGUAUUUGCAAGGUACUUUUAAUGUUUAUGAAAAAUUGAAUGAUGUUUAUGAGUUCGUGCAGUCUUGUAUAAAUGAUGACAUUUUCGACUUUAGUUUAAUUGGUCCAACUGGAAUCAAAUUUUCCGAAGAUGACAUGGAUAAAUCGUUAUUUGAUUUAAGAUUAAUACCAAAUACAAUAUUGAUUUUCCAAGAUGAAUCUGAAUCAAAAUCAAGUCAACAUUUUCUGAAAGAUGAACUAUUAUUGCUUAUUCAAGAAAUGUAAAAACUAAUUGUUCAAGUAUUUAUUACAAUUUUCCUAAUUUCCACUAAUUUUAUAUAGUAGCCACUUGUUUUUGUUAUGAAAUGAAUAAAAAUAAAGGCUUCUGAUUUAAUAAGUAUUGCAGAACAUUAUUGAUAAUGUGAAGCAGUAAUAAAAAA